AUGACGUUCAAAGAGCAUGUGGGCUGUAUGGCGGACACUGACGAUGACUUGCGAUGUGUGAAACAACGUUUUCUUGGAUCCAGGAUGAUGUCUCGACCGGGUCCAUCGAAGAAGUCUCUCCCGAUGAUUGGAUGGAUUACGUCCGCUAUUUCCGCUGUGAAUCU